AUGGCCGAUGAGCUCGAUGCCGGCACGGCAGAAAAUCCAUCCCGACACCGUCCGCUGAAUGGUGGCUUCCUCGUGAAGACCCUCGUGCUUAGCAUCGACCCCUACAUGCGCGGCCGAAUGCGCGGGCCUCACAUCAAGAGCUACUUACUCUCUCCCACUUCUUUCGUAGGCCAGUCACUGACCAGCUUUUCCGUUGGACGCGUCCUUCACUCCGAGCACUUCACCGUCAAGGCAGGCGACCAUGUCUACGGCCAUUCAUGCUUCCAAGCCCCUUCCGAGGGGCGCGCGGUUUCCCCAGCCUGGCCCAGCUCGGCGAUGUCUUCGCGUGCUAGAGACAAGGAGGGCCUGCCCUGGAGCGUGUAUGUCGGUGUAUACUGCAUGCCUGGUGCGACGGCGCACCACGCCUGGCACGAAAUCGCCAACGCCAAGCCCGGCGAGACCGCCUUGGUCACCGCCGCCGCAGGCCCCGUCGCGCGUGAGACGGUCGUCCAACUCUCGCUCGGUGCGGACGUCGUGUUCAACUACCACAUAGAGGGCACCAAUGCGAUCUUGGAGCGCGAGAGCGUGAUCGACAUUGUAGAUACUUGGAUAACGUCGGCGGGCAGACUCUCGAGUGCGGCGCUGGACGCUGCGUCGGCAGCCUCUACCACAAGCUCUGUCCCUCCCCCUUCUCGGCUCGUAUCCUCCGCUGACCGCGCCCGCCUGCGUGGUAUCGCGAGCAAUUCUACGAGAUCCCGCGCUUGGUCGCCGCGGGCAAAAUCAAGACAACGGGACCGCUCCGUCGGGCUCGAGGUGACGGGUGAGGCGAUUCUUGCGGUGUACAAGCGCACGAAUACGGGCAAGAAAGUCAUUGUGGUUGCGGAGGAGUGA